AGGAUUUUAUAAAAAUGAUAAUUUAUUCAGUUACUUACCGAUUGUCAAGGUAGUCAGACGUCAAUAUGGUAAAGGCUCGUAAAUAUGUUGUGAAAAAGUAUUUCGAAGGAAUUCCUAAACGAGAAGAUUAUGAAAUUGUAGAAUACAAUCUUCCGCCCUUACAAAAUGGCGAACUUCUUGUUAAAACCCAAUGGGUGAGUGUGGAUCCAUACCAAAGAGCAUAUAAUAGGAGAUAUCCGGUACCCUACGAUCAAUUUGGUUUCAUAGUGGGAGUAGUAGAAGACACCAAAAAUCCUCGUUUCCCCAUUGGUACAAAUGUUGUUACACAUAGUGGUUGGUGUGAUUACAGUAUCGUAAAUGCAAAUGAAUCCAAAACAAUAAGGGACGUUGUUUACAAACUGCCAGAUUUAAAAGGUUUGUCCCCGUCUGUUGGUAUUGGGGCAGCCGGAAUGGUUGGUAUAACAGCAUAUUUUGGGUUUCUUGAAAUAUGUCAACCUAAAGCUGGAGAAACUGUGGUUGUGACUGGUGCAGCUGGCGCAGUUGGUUCCAUUGUGGGGCAAAUUGCUAAAAUUAAAGGAUGCAAGGUUAUCGGAUUUGCGGGAACAGAUGAUAAAGUCGCAUGGCUCCAGAAUGAGCUAGGAUUUGACAAAGCGUAUAAUUACAAGACUUGUAAUGUUAAUGAGGUUCUUAAAGUUGCUGCUCCAAAUGGUGUCGACUGUUACUUCGAUAAUGUUGGUGGAGAAAUGAGCAGCACAAUCAUUAGCCACAUGAAUGAUUUCGGCAGAGUGUCUGUAUGCGGUAGUAUUAGUGCUUAUAAUGAUGACCAUUCCCAGUUACCAAGGGCACCCAUUUUACAAUUCGACAUUGUUAUGAAGCAAUUGAAAAUUGAAGGAUUUUUGGUUUACCGUUGGCUUAACCGAUGGCCAGAAGCAAUUGAGGAACUUUGUAAAUGGGUUUUCGAAGGAAAAAUAAAGACAAAGGAAACUAUUACUGAAGGGUUCGACAACAUAUUCAGUGCCUUUGUUGGAAUGUUAGUUGGUGAUAAUACUGGCAAGGCAUUAGUCAAGCUGUAAAGACGCUAUUUUAUUGAUGUGUUUUAGUGAUCCGAUGGUGUAACGUUUUUUAAUAACGAAUAAAAUGAAUUAUUUGUAAAA